CUUCUUUUGGCGGUGACACAGACACAAUCACCUUGGCUUUCGAUACCUCUUGUCGGGACUCUCCCACUUGCUGACGUGUUUACUUCCCACUACUCCAUGCGCACGAUACCCCACGUCUACGUCUCCACACCCUAUCAUUCUCUCUUCUUCUAUUCUCCCAGUUUUAACCCCACCAAUCAUAACCAUCCACGUACCCUUCUCUGUAAUUAUUUGAGGAUUUGAGAGCGGUGUGGUACGAAUCUACAAAAGAAUAUUAUAGGAACGAGUGUAGGAUAGUAAUGCUCGUUCCAACUUGCUUGCUCGGAACUUGAAACAGGGUUAGUAGUACAAUCUAAAACCGUUCACCAGAGGGAGACAAAAAUAAACCGGGCUUCUGCAAAACCGCCUUUUUUUACACAGAAAAAAGAAAAAAAGAAAAAAGAAGGGAUUUUUUUUAGAGCAUUUUACAGAGAGAUACACACAGUCUGGUAAAGCACGGAGGUUCCGAAAACUGGUCUUGGAGGGGCCCCUGCUGCAGCCUCAGUAACUGAAGACGCUGCUCCGUUUUGCUCUGUUUUUGUUUCUUCUGAUUCCCCCGUACUGACUAGCCGAUUUUGCAUAUUGCUCCACUGUACUUCCUCUCUUUCUAUUACUGUUUAGUACUCUCAUACGGGCACGUAUGUCGUAUAAGAGUUGGAGUCUUGAGUUUAAGUUUUCAUAGCCAAGGAAGGGAAAAAAAAAGCAAAAUAAAAGAGAGUGAUUGGAGCUCGAGAUGGUUAGAUGCAAUAUGUGUUUGGGAAAGGGGGGCGAAGUUAUGUCUUUUUGGAUAACCUCGAGCGUUUAGAGAAAUGGGUUUGUUUUAUUUUUUUUGUUCGGGUUAGUGGGGGUUCUUGUUUGAUCUGAGUAUUGGGGUUUUGGGAUGGGAGAUUAGGGUUUUCAUGAAAAACAAGGGAACCCAUGUUUUAAAUGUCCGAUUCUGUCAUGAAAAGAUAGGCUCGAUCGCUUUCUAGUUGAGUUUGGGUUUAAAAGAAAAGGGUAGAAAAAAGAUAAGAUUUUUUGGAUUUAUUAUAUAUGGUAGAUUUGGGGGAGUUCUUAUUUGGUAUCUCAAUUAUCAAUAAUAUAAACUGAUACUAAGCAAACAAGAUAGAAUGAAAAGAAAAGAAGAGGAAGCUAGCUAGAGAGGAAAAUCUGUAUUAUUCCUUGUUUGGUGUAUCCAAGCUACCAUCUUUAAUUAGCUAGCUUGCCUAUUUUGUCAUUAUUCGUCACUAACAAUUCUUAAGGAGAGAGAAAGAGUCCAAAAGUCUAAAGAAUAACCAUUAGAAAAGAAAGGGAUAACCAAGGAAGUACUUUGAAUUUGUUUUCUCUUUCUUUUUUUUCUUUUCCCUCAAGCUAACGAGUUUCAGAGCAAUAUGACGAAUCGAUGGUGGGCAGGUAAUGUGGCCAUGAGAGGAGUAGAUUCCAUGUCUUCACCUCCAUCGCUUCAGCUGAGAAACACAGAUGAUGAUGCCAACAAACUCGGUCCGAGAAGAGAGCAAGAGUUCAUACACGACAACAACCUUUCCAUCACGACGACUCCAACCAAGAACAUCAGCCCCCAAAAGCAGAGUCACCAUCAAAACCUUGAAGAUGACGACAGCGGUGACGACCCCAACUCAGCCGGUCACGAAAGCUUCGAGCCAAGCGGAAGUGGAGGAGGAGGAAGCAGCAACCGCAGGCCACGUGGCAGGCCGCCAGGUUCCAAGAACAAACCCAAGCCUCCUGUAGUGAUUACCAAGGAGAGCCCCAACGCUCUCAGAAGCCACGUUUUGGAAAUCAGUAGCGGAAGUGACAUCGUUGAGAGCAUAGCCACUUUUGCUCAGAGGAGGCACCGUGGGGUUUCGGUCUUGAGUGGUAGCGGCAUUGUCACUAACGUCACGCUCCGGCAGCCCGCUGCUCCAGGUGGCGUCAUCACGCUUCAUGGGAGGUUCGAGAUUCUAUCGCUAUCUGGGGCGUUCCUGCCUAGCCCUUCUCCUCCUGGGGCAAGUGGUUUGACGGUUUAUUUGGCUGGCGGGCAGGGGCAGGUGGUUGGUGGUACCGUGACUGGAGCGUUGGUGGCGUCGGGGCCAGUGAUUGUCAUCGGUGCAACGUUUAUGAAUGCGACAUUUGAGCGGUUGCCUCUCGAGCAGGAGGAGGAGGCCGUCCCAGCAGGCGGAGAGGGGACUCAGCAAGUGGAGCAGCAGCAGCAACCAGCAGUGAAUCCAGGAAGUAGCAGUGGUAAUCCUAGUCCUACUCAGGCCAUGAGUCAUGAUCAUCAUCAACAACCUUCGGUUCCAAUGUUCAAUUUGCCACCAAAUUUGAUGCCUAAUAAUGGUCAGGUGCCUCAUGACAUGUUUUGGGGACCUCCGCCUCGGCCACCUCCCUCUUACUAAUCAUGAAUAUGUGAACUAUAUAAUGAUAGAGGGAGAGACUAGAUAAUGUGUAAGUUGAAGAGAGUUAUGCCGACUUUUUAAAUUUUUUUUUUUUUUGGGUCAUUCUGAAAAAUGUUUUGGUUGAUCGUUUUGAUCUUGUAAGCAAUAGUAGCUAGCUAGGUAGGGCUUGGUUUGAUAAUCUUCAUGUCCUUUUCCUCUUGUGAAUGUUAUUUUACUUUCGGACUUAGGUUUAAAGCUGUGUUUAAUAAUGUAUCAUCAUUCAUCAA